UUGGUAUUUGCUUUCUGAAGGUCUCUGUGCGGCUUGUCGACUGGGAAUGAUGGAUAUUGUAAACCGAUUACUUGACAACGCAGGCGAUCCGAAUGUGACUGGAGCCUAUGGAGGAGCAUCUUCUCAUGUGCCGCUUAUUGCCCAGGCUGCGUGGACUGGGCAGGAAGAGGUCAUACAUCUUUUACUUGAGCGUGGAGCAAAUGUCAAUUUCCAUGGGAACAAAACCAUAUUCGCAGCAGCAUGGGGAGGCCAAAUAAAUGCCGUGAAAAUACAAAUACUUAUCAAUGCUGGACUCUCUAAUGCACAGAUCGAUGUAUGUGGAUUGCUCACUCGGGCCAUGCACAGCAUGAAGCCGGAGGCAGCAGAGUUCCUGCGCUUUUUUCAAGAGAGCGGAUUGAUUGAUAUCCACCACCUUGACAAAGACCCAUCAAGGCAGAGAAGAGCCUUGUUGAUGUGUUGGUAUAUGCUGCCGCAAUGGAUCGAAUCUUGUAUGAGUACGGGGUUGAUCUAAAUAUGGCGCACUGUACUCAUGGUAUGAAUGCUCAGCGCUGAUUGUCGCCGCAAAGGCGCGGGGCCAGGAAAAGUGGUGGAAUAUCUGCUGAGCAUCCGAGUCAAGGAUUUAAAUCCGCUUGAUACCUGUGUAGCAGAUGAUUUCAGGAGUGGCAAGU